AUGGCCACGUCCAUCUCAGAGGAUAACGUGUGUCAGCGUCCCACCAAUGGAGAUCACAAGCUUGUCAACAAGACUCUCAGGAGGCUAGAAAAGCUCUAUGAGUCGUGUGCCGACCCACGGCUGGGCCUAAGAAGCAGCCCGCCGUACCUCCCAGAACUGCUGCCUGAUACCGCAUCUGUGCUCCGACGAGUUUGGGAGCCCUACCGGGGUCUCGGGGUGCUGACGGGCCGGGCCCCCGCUGCUGACGAGGCGAUGUUCCUCAGGGUCCAUGCCAGGAAUCUGCUCGAUAAGACCAAUAGAGCCUUGCUUCUUUUUAAAGAUGGCAAGGAGAACAUGUUUGAAGAGACAUCCGGCUACAGGAGGAACCUGACCAAGAUGUCCCUGCUCUUCAGUCACAUGUUGUGGGAGCUCAAGGCUGUGUUUCCAGGGGACCGUUACCACGGCGACACCUACAAGCUGACCAAGGCAGAAGCGCGAGAAUUUUGGAAGCUUUCUUUUGGCAAUAAAUGUAUCGUGAGUUGGAGCAACUUUGCCGAGAAGCUGCGCCUCGUGCACCCGUUUGAGGAGGGGAUGGAGUCCGUGUUCCUCAAGUUCACCAUCGAUCUCACUUGCAACGACUAUGUCUCCAUCUUUGAAUUUGACAUCUUCACCCGACUUUUCCAGCCUUGGGGGUCCCUCCUGAGAAACUGGAACCAGCUUGCCGUGACGCAUCCGGGCUACAUGGCGUUCAUCACGUAUGACCAGGCUGUGUCACGACUGGAACGUUACCGCCACAAGCCUGGAAGCUACAUUUUUCGCCUGAGCUGCACCAGGAUGGGCCAGUGGGCCAUUGGUCACGUGACAGGCGAGGGAACCAUCGUUCAGACCAUCCCUGAGAAUACGCCACUCUAUCUGGCACUCCUCAGGGGCCAUAACCAGGGAUGCUACUUGCACCCAGACGGCCGAGAUGUGAACCCAGACCUCAAUGCCCUGCACAAACCGGAACACAAGGCAAAAGUCAAGGUUACACAAGAGGAAAACGAGCUUUAUCGUGUUGCGGGCACCUCCUUCCAGAUGUGUAAGAUAUGCACAGCCAAGGACAAGGACACUCGCAUUGAGCCAUGUGGACACCUUGUAUGUCGACGUUGCCUCAACAGCUGGCUGAAAUUGGCGGACCACACCUGUCCAUAUUGCCGAUGUGACAUCGAAGGCACGGAACCCGUCCACAUCGAGGUCUGCCAGCCAGAACACGAGGAAGAGGGUGACGAAGAUGAUCACGAGGAUAUCGAGCUGGUGGUAAAGCAAAUGGCUGCUCUGAGGAAGAAGGCAUGCUCCAGAGAGCUGAGUCCUGCAGCAAAACAUAAAAGGGAAGCGGGUGAGCAUGGAUAA